AUGACUAAGCCCAAAGUGUCGGGCCAGUGCCCCAUAUGCCUCAAAACCUUGAAGCAUACAAGCAAACACAUCCGCGAGUUUCAUGGAAUUAAAAACGCAAGGGAGAGGACCAUACUCAACGCCAUAUGCACUGGCAGGGUUGACAUUGGAAAGGGAACAUGCCCGGUCCCGGGGUGUGGUCUCUUUCGGAGACGACUCGCCAUCCAUAUAGAGCGCCACAGUGAUCUGCUCCCCGGCAGAAGGGCGGCAUACCUGCAGGUAGCCCGCAGAGAUGCCGCAUUGAAGCAGCUAUCGGAGCUGCGGGAUACCGACCCACAACCUCCCAUGGCCUCGUCUUUGGACCUUGAGGACAGCCUUGCCUCUGAAUGCCGGCACCCCUCCUGCAUUCAGAGGGAGUUCAGGAUCCGGGAGUUGGAGGACGUGCUGGAGAUGAGGUCGGCCGGCAGAUCUAAUGAGGAGCAGGAGGACGUGCUGGAGAUGGGAUCGGCCGGCAGAUCUAAUGAGAGCAGAGGAGUGCUGGAGAUGGGAUCGGCGAGAUCUAUGAGGAGCAGGAGGACGUGCUGGAGAUGGGAUCGGCCGGCAGAUCUAAUGAGGAGCAGGAGGACGUGGGGGAGAUGGGAUCGGCCGGCAGAUCUAAUGAGGAGCAGGAGGACGUGGGGGAGAUGA